AGUGGUCCAGUGUUGGGAGGGAGGACUGCUUGUGUGCGGGGGUGUGGGAGGUGGAGGGCGGGGGCGGGGAUUCAGCGCGUGUAUGUAAAGGUGCAGCCCGUGUGCUAGGCGCUGGGUGCGCGCGCGGUGUCUGUUCGGGUGCGCGCCCGCGCGCGCUGCUGCCCGCCUGCCCGCCUGCUCGCCUGCUAGGGCUGCUCGGUGGGUUUGACGGGCGAGCGGACGCGGAGAAGCUCUGUCCGGAAUCACGUAGAGACCAUCGUGGAAAUAGCAGCGCAGGUCACGGCUCCGCGGGCCCUGGACUAGACGCUGGGCUCUAGAGAUUAUUUCUCUUUAUUCAGAAGCAUACAGUUGUUUGCUGAUUGCAAGAAGAUGUUUCUUUGGCUGUUUCUGAUUUUGUCAGCCCUGAUUUCUUCGACAAAUGCAGAUUCUGACAUAUCGGUGGAAAUUUGCAAUGUGUGCUCCUGCGUUUCAGUUGAGAAUGUACUCUAUGUCAACUGUGAGAAGGUUUCAGUCUACAGACCAAAUCAGCUGAAACCACCUUGGUCUAAUUUUUAUCACCUCAAUUUCCAAAACAAUUUUUUAAAUAUUCUGUAUCCAAAUACAUUCUUGAAUUUUUCACAUGCAGUAUCCCUGCAUCUGGGAAAUAAUAAACUGCAGAACAUUGAGGGAGGAGCCUUUCUUGGGCUCAGUGCAUUAAAGCAGUUGCACUUGAACAACAAUGAAUUAAAGAUUCUCCGAGCUGACACUUUCCUUGGCAUAGAGAACUUGGAGUAUCUCCAGGCUGACUACAAUUUAAUCAAAUAUAUUGAACGAGGAGCCUUCAAUAAGCUCCACAAACUGAAAGUUCUUAUUCUUAAUGACAAUCUGAUUUCAUUCCUUCCUGAUAAUAUUUUCCGAUUUGCAUCUUUGACCCAUCUGGAUAUACGAGGGAACAGAAUCCAGAAGCUCCCUUAUAUCGGAGUUCUGGAACACAUUGGCCGUGUCGUUGAACUGCAACUAGAAGAUAACCCUUGGAACUGUAGCUGUGAUUUGUUGCCUUUAAAAGCUUGGCUGGAAAACAUGCCAUAUAACAUUUACAUAGGAGAAGCUAUCUGUGAAACUCCCAGUGACUUAUAUGGAAGGCUUUUAAAAGAAACCAACAAACAAGAAUUAUGCCCCAUGGGCACUGGCAGUGAUUUUGAUGUGCGCAUCCUGCCUCCAUCUCAGCUGGAAAAUGGCUACACCACUCCCAAUGGUCACACUACCCAAACAUCUUUACACAGAUUAGUAACUAAACCACCAAAAACAACAAAUCCUUCCAAGAUCUCUGGAAUUGUGGCAGGCAAAGCACUCUCCAAUCGCAAUCUCAGUCAGAUUGUGUCUUACCAAACAAGGGUGCCUCCUCUAACACCUUGCCCGGCCCCUUGCUUCUGCAAAACACAUCCUUCAGAUUUGGGACUGAGUGUGAACUGCCAAGAGAAAAAUAUACAGUCUAUGUCUGAAUUGAUACCAAAACCUUUAAAUGCCAAGAAGCUGCAUGUCAAUGGCAAUAGCAUCAAGGACGUGGACAUGUCAGACUUCACUGACUUUGAAGGACUGGAUUUGCUUCAUUUAGGCAGCAAUCAAAUUACAGUGAUUAAGGGAGACGUAUUUCACAAUCUUACUAAUUUACGCAGGCUAUAUCUCAAUGGCAAUCAAAUUGAAAGACUCUCUCCUGAAAUAUUUUCAGGUCUUCAUAAUCUGCAGUAUCUGUAUUUGGAAUACAAUUUGAUUAAGGAAAUUUUAGCAGGCACUUUUGACUCGAUGCCAAAUUUGCAGUUACUGUACUUAAACAAUAAUCUCCUAAAGAGCCUGCCUGUUUACAUUUUCUCUGGAGCACCCUUAGCUAGACUGAACCUGAGGAACAAUAAAUUCAUGUACCUACCUGUCAGUGGGGUCCUUGAUCAGUUGCAGUCUCUUACACAGAUUGACUUGGAGGGCAACCCAUGGGACUGUACUUGUGACUUGGUAGCAUUAAAGCUGUGGCUGGAGAAGUUGAGUGAUGGGAUUGUUGUAAAAGAACUGAAAUGUGAGACGCCUGUUCAGUUUGCCAACAUUGAACUGAAGUCCCUCAAAAAUGAAAUCUUAUGUCCCAAACUUUUAAAUAAGCCGUCUGCACCAUUCACGAGCCCGGCACCUGCCAUUACAUUCACCACUCCUUUAGGUCCCAUUCGAAGUCCUCCUGGUGGCCCAGUGCCUCUGUCUAUUUUAAUCUUAAGUAUCUUAGUGGUUCUCAUUUUAACUGUGUUUGUUGCUUUUUGCCUUCUUGUUUUUGUUCUGCGACGCAACAAGAAACCCACAGUAAAGCACGAAGGCCUGGGGAAUCCUGAAUGUGGCUCCAUGCAGCUGCAGCUAAGGAAGCAUGACCACAAAACCAGUAAAAAGGAUGGACUGAGCACAGAAGCUUUCAUUCCACAAACUAUAGAACAAAUGAGCAAGAGCCACACUUGUGGCUUGAAAGAGUCAGAAACUGGGUUCAUGUUUUCAGAUCCUCCAGGACAGAAAGUUGUUAUGAGAAAUGUGGCUGACAAGGAGAAAGAUUUAUUACAUGUGGAUACCAGGAAGAGACUGAGCACAAUUGAUGAGCUGGAUGAAUUAUUCCCUAGCAGGGAUUCCAAUGUGUUUAUUCAGAAUUUUCUUGAAAGCAAAAAAGAAUAUAAUAGCAUAGGUGUCAGUGGUUUUGAGAUCCGCUAUCCAGAAAAACAACCAGACAAAAAAAAUAAGAAGUCACUGAUAGGUGGCAACCACAGUAAAAUUGUCGUGGAACAAAGGAAGAGUGAGUAUUUUGAACUGAAGGCAAAACUGCAGAGUUCCCCUGACUACCUACAGGUCCUCGAGGAGCAAACAGCUUUGAACAAGAUCUAGGUCAUAUAAUUUUACUUCAUACAAAGGACAUUUAUUUAAUGAUGAAAGUGCCUUUUGUUGACUUCUAACUUCCAAAUACUAUAUUAUCAAUAGGCAUAGAGGCAGGUGUUUCCAAGGGUAUCUCAUUAACUGUAGCUGCAAAGAUGUGUCAAGUAGAAGAGAAUUUGUUUAAUAGAUUUUACUACAUAAAACCUAUACUGUGGAGUCCUGUGGGGAUACUGCAAACUCUAUUGCCAAAGGGAUGCUUUAUAUACAUAAUACUGAAUUUAACCUCAAGAGGCAAAUCUGUUUUGUACCCCAAUGCAAAACCUUCGUCUCUUUGUGCUUUGUAAAGCAAACUCAAGAGAACUGGUACAGAUAUUUGUACCUCAGCUGGGUCCUUUAUCUUGCACGUAGAUUAAAUUGGUGGAACUGGAAUAAUCCUUUUGAUUUGUGGCAUUGUAACAACUCCGUGUAAAGAUUAUCUGAAAAGU